AUGGAUUCUCCAUCAUCGGAAGUAAGAAUCGUCUCAAAAUGCUUCGUGAAACCCAAAAUCAUCCCUGAAAAAUGGAAAGAGCCAUACCAUUUGUCACCUUUGGAUCUUGUGAUGCUCUCUAUGCACUACAUUCAAACGGGUCUUCUCUUUCUCAAACCAUCUGAUGAUGCAAUCAGAUCAAAAGAUUUCAUGGAGACUUGGUUACAAAAGCUUAAAGACUCUCUAGCCGCAACACUUGUCCAUUUCUAUCCGCUCGCAGGUCGCCUCUCGACUCUAACAACCGAUAACCCGAGAUCAUACUCGGUGUUUGUGGAUUGUAACAAUAGUCCCGGGGCUGGAUUUAUCCAUGCAAAGGCUGAUCUAAGUGUAGGAGAUAUUGUUGGGUCCAAAUAUGUUCCUUUGGUUGUUCAAUCUUUCUUUGACCACCAUAAAGCCGUGGCUCACGAUGGUCAUACCAUGAGUCUCUUAUCAGUCAAGGUGACAGAAUUGAUAGAUGGAGUGUUCAUAGGAAUGUCUAUGAAUCAUUCGAUUGGAGAUGGAAGUUCAUUUUGGCAGUUCUUCAACUCUUUGUCCGAGAUCUUCAAUUCUCAAGAAGAAACCAUUGAUAAUGACAACAACAAAUUGUUUUGUCUCAAGAAUCCACCAAUCUUUCGUGAAGUGUCCGAUCCUUUAUACAGGUUUCCGUUCAGUGAACCUGAUAAGUCCAUUACUCAAUUCGAAUCUCCGGUUUUCAAGGAGAGAAUGUUCCAUUUCUCAUCAGAAACAGUGAGAUCACUGAAACUAAAGGCGAAUCAAGAUUGCGGAACAACAAAGAUCUCUUCUUUACAGUCAUUAACCGCAUUUAUAUGGAGAAGCAUUACAAGAGCAAGAAGAUUACCAAAUGAUCAAGAAACUACUUGUAGGUUUGCUGCUGAUAAUAGAUCAAGAAUGGAUCCACCAAUGCCAAUGAAUUACUUUGGAGUUUACAUCUCUCUUGUGAAAACGACUAUGAAAAUUGGUAACGUUUUGGAGAAUGAGUUUGGGUUUGCUGCUUUGAAACUGCAUCAAGCUGUAACCGAACACACUAGCGAAAAGAUCUCUUCCGAAAUGGAUCGAUGGUUGAAGUCUCCUACUGAUUUGCGAUCAGAGCUACAUUCAAACCCGAACCUUGUUCAUAUGGGAAGCUCACCGAGGUUUAACAAGUACGGAUGCGAGUUUGGGAUGGGGAAAGCGGUUGCGAUUAGAAGCGGUUAUAGUAGUAAGUAUGACGGGAAGGUAUCAGCUUAUCCGGGAAGAGGAGGAGGAGGAAGCAUAGAUUUGGAAGUAUGUCUUAUUCCAGAGUUUAUGGAAGCUUUGGAAUCAGAUCAAGAGUUCAUGUCCUUUGUCUCCUCUUCUUCUUCUUGA